CAGUUAGGACUCUAUCUCCUCACUAUUGUAUGCAUAGAGUCAUAGUGUCAUAACCAAAAGUUUCGCAUAUUAAAAACAUACUGAAAAAAAAAAUUCAAAGAUGCCGAUUGCAAACUGCCCUAAAAGAUCAGAUCCAGUCUAAUUAAACAAAUUAAAGUAGUCCACCAUGGAGUUUCAUGCAGUGAUAGUUUGUGGGCUGGGGAAGUCACUUUCUCCCUUUUCGAGAAUUCGAUCAACUGGGACUCCAAAGGCCCUUUUACCCAUAGCAAAUAGGCCUAUGAUUGAUUAUGUAUUAGAAUGGUGUGAGAAGGCAUUCUUUCCUCGAGUUACUAUUGUAGCCGAUUCAGAUUGUCAAGAAGAAAUUGAACGAGCUAUUGGGAAUUUUAAAGUUAAUUAUGCUAAAGUUAAACAAGAAAAUGCCGAUGAAUCUGGUGUUGACUCUAAUGAUGGACAUAAUACAAUUAUAGAUGUACUUCCUCUUGAUACUGAUAAUACUGGAGAAAUUCUUCUUCAUCUUUAUAAAUCUUCUUCAUCUUUAGAUGAUUAUAGAAGUUUUGUCAUAUUACCUUGUGAUUUCAUUACUAAUUUACCUCCCCAAGUGUUAAUUGAAGCCUAUAGAAAUAAAGAAGAUAGUGAUGUGGGGUUAUUAGUUACUUAUUAUAAUCAAUUAGAUAUUGAAGAUAAAAAAUCAAAGAUAUUUCCUAAAAACUAUACUAUUUAUUCUGAACUUUCUGAUGGUAAAUGUCAAUUAUUAGAUAUGUAUUCUAAUGAAGAUAUUGAUUUCCAUAAAGCAUUACAAAUAAGAACUCAAAUGUGUUGGAGACAUGGAAAUUCUACUAUAAGUACAAAAUUAUUAAAUAGUGGAAUCUUCUUUGGAUCUAAAGAUGCAAUCUUUAAAAUAUUUGAUGAAAAUCCUGAUAAAGUAACCGAUUCAUAUUUCAAAAAUAGACCUAUUACAAAAAUUGUUAGAGAUUUAGGUAGAAGAUCUUGGAGACAUUCAUCAGCUAAAGAAACUAUUGGAUGUAUAGUUUUACCACAACAAGCUACAUUUUUCAGAAAUAAUAAUUUACCAGUAUUAAUGGAAGCCAAUAGAUAUUUCAUGAAAGCUCAAGCUAUUGCUAAGGCAACUCAAGGUAGUGGUCAACCUCAAAAGGAUAAAACAGCUGCUAAUGUAGGGAUUGAUUCCUUAGUUGGAGAUAAUACAACAUUAGGUGAAAGAACUAAUGUUAAAAGAUCUGUGGUUGGAUCUAAUUGUAUUAUUGGUAAACGUGUUAAACUAACUGGUUGUUUAAUAUUAAAUAAUGUGACUAUUGAUGAUGAUGUUCAAUUAGAAAAUUGUAUUAUUGGGAACAAUGCUAUUAUUCAUAGUAAAUCUAGAUUAACUAAUUGUAAUGUUGAGUCUACUAAUGAAGUUGUUAAGGGAACUCAAGCUAAAGGUGAAACUUUAUUAUGUCUAAGCUUAGAAGGAUUAGUUGAAGAUGAAUCUGCAUUAUCUGAAGAAGAAGAAUCACUGGAAACAGAUGAAAGUGGAUCUGAUUUUAGUGAUGAUUAUGAUGCAGAAGAAGAUGAAUAUGCCGGUAACGAAGAUGGUCUUUUCGCUUAUUAGGGAUAUCUACUUUAUAGAACUCUGACAUUUAUAAUCUAUGAUUUAUAAUUUAUAAUUUAUAAUCUACAUUUUAUAAUUUAUAAUUUAAUAUUUAAUAUUUAUA